AUGAAAGAGAAACUACAGAUUGAGCUUCUCAGAGCUGCUGUUUCUGAAAUCAAGCUCUUUUCAGAGUUCUCUUCAAAUGAUCACACAGAGUCAUAUAUUACUGUGUUGAUUGAGAGAAGCGGUAUUGCAACAGUGGCAGAGAAGGCAGAGAACAGAUCAGAUGCAGAUGAACUGAUCAGCAGAAGAAAUGACAUCUCACUACAAGACACGGCUACUAUCACUGCAGCUGCAAGAGAUGUAGAAGAAGAAGAAGAUAUGAUAAUAAGAGUGAUACUUCUGCAGCUCAUUGACACUGCUGUCUUCAUCUUCAACCUGGCUUUCUUAACAGUCAUGAAGACCACAGUCACAUCAUGA